AUGAAUUAUAAUAAAGCUCUUGACAAUGGAUCAGGACUGCCUGAUGAAAUUUCAGAUCUAUAAAUAAUAAGCUUAUUUAUUAUCAUUCUAAAUAGCAUGAUUAAUUGUUUAUCUCUAGAGGGAUUAUCUGUAGAACUUAUCAUUCCAAAUUUUUUGGAAAGUAUUUCAAUAGCACCAGGAUUUGAUUAUUAAGGUCAAUUUACAGUGAAAGAGUUGGAAAAAAUUAAUAAAUCUUAAUUUGAUAUAAACUGGAUGGUAUUUAAUACAAAGGACUCUAUAAACACCCUUUGA